GGCCUAGGCGGUGGUCUAGGCGGUGGUCUAGGUAGUGGUCUUGGAGCCGGUGGUUACGGCGUUGGUGUGGGACCUGGCCUAGUCGGCGCGGGUCUCGGAGGCGCUGGACUUGGCGGGCUUGGUGUAGCUGGAGGCGCUGGCUAUGGCGGAGUUGGUCUUGCUGGCCCUGCAGUUGCCAAUACUGGAUUCGUCGGAACCGGUGGCCUCGGAUACGGAGCUGGUCUCGGAUCUGGUGGUCUCGGAUACAGUGGUUUCGGAUACGCUGGUCUCGGGUAUGGCGGUCAUAGAUACGGUCGUCUCGGCUACGGCGGCGUCGGAUACGGAAGCGGUCUCGGAAUUGGCCGUCUCGGCUACGGCGGUCUUGGCUACGGAAGCGGCCUCGGCUACGGUGGUGGCUACCAGUCUGGCUACGGCUCUUCUGCUGGGGCUCAGCAGGCAGGAUACCAGGGUGGAGCUAGUGGAUUGAACCAGGGCUCCGCCGGCUUCGCUGGUGGUGCUUCUACCAGCAACGUGAAUGCCUACAACAACAAGCAGGGUUACAAUCACGCUUCAGGCUAUUCAGCGAGUGACAGCAAGAGCUUCGGCUCUGGACAGAAGCAGGGCUCUGCUGGAUUCGGAAGCAACGCUGGCGGGCUCCAAGGAGGAUACGGACAGCAGUCGUUCGGGCACAACGCCGGCUCUGGCUUCGGCGGAGGAUACCUCGGAUAGAGAUGGACUGAAUCUGAGCCCUUUUUCCCAGCCCGGCUUCGGAGAUUUUGUGGUCACAAAUGGUCUCUGGCAGCUUUGAAGAAAUCAAUAAAAUUUGCUCCUGCACAACACA